UUGAAUUUAAGAUCAUUUUACAAUUUAAAUUUUGAAAUUUGAUAUAAAUGUUAAAAGUUAUUUUAAAUUUUAAUCACAGUCUCAAAAUCCAGGAAGCCCUUCUCAAAAUGGAGGUACAAAUCCUAGCAAUGCCCCCCCCCCCCAAUCCUCACAGAAUAUGAAUUUAAUGAUGGAGCAUGUUCAGGGCUUCUAAGCAGAGAAGCAAUGCCCAGGUAAAGGACAUGGCAAUUCUCCAGCCUUGCUUUCCUUCACAAAGGUUCCAUCUCUUCUCUGGAACCUGGGCUCCAUUCUGGAACCCAACGGAGGCCCUGCUUCAGUUGUUGGUUCUUGGCUGCUGGAAGCCAGAGGCUGCUUUCUGUCAGGCUCCUUGUCCUGGACUCAGGUCCCCCUCCAUUGGCCAUGACUGGCUUCAAGGGCUUUGUCAAAACCAUGACAAAACCUGUUCGGCGGAUGUUCCGAUCCAUAUGGCCCCAAAAUAAGAAGAACAAGAAUCCAGAUCUUCCAGAAGUCAAGAUCAGCUAUCCUCAGUCGCUUGAAGAAGCACGGAGUUGUAUGUCUUUAACGGAAACUGAGAGCGCCUGUCCUGCCGCAGAGGUUGAUCUUGGGGCCAGUUCGGACAGUUUGGAGGGGAUCCCUGAAAUGCAGGAGGCAGAGAGCGUUCCCUCUCUGAUGGAAAACGAUGAAGAGGAGGAAGACACAGGGAAAGGAAAAGAUGGGGAGAAGGUCAAUAACUCUUUUGACUCACAGGAUCCAGAUGGUGGUCCCUGUACGUUUCCAGAUGGUGGGCCCAGAGUCCAAGAAGUUCAGGAGAGUACUUCUGAUGAGAAGUGCAGUGAUCAGGAGUUUGACUUGAGCGAAUUUAAUUCUUCCCCGACAAAGGAAGCCUUACACCGGCUGUGUAAGAAGUACUCCAAUUUGUCCCAAGAAGAGAAGUGGGACAUGGCAGACGCCAUCGCAAGAAAUCAUGUGAACCUGAUGGUGGACCAUUACCUGGAAUCAAAAGAAACGGCCUGUGAUGAGCUGAUGUGUGCUGUCCUCUCUGAAGGCCAAUGCAACCACCACAUCUGCCUGACUCACUUCUUCAUGAAAAUGAUUGAAAGUCAGAUGCUGUACGGUGAAGAGCCACCUUUGGCCAAGGUGAAGGCGCUCAGAGGGAUCAGGGCCAUUGUAGCGGACCUCAGCGACACCCAGACCCUGAAGAACAAGCUGUUGUUCCACUUCGUGACCCUGGCCAAUUUCUUGGUCAGUCAGUGCCAAACCAAGGAGCAGGGGACCAGAGAGAAGCUCAAAACAUACCUGGUUCCAGGGGAAGCAAUUGACAUCUUUGCAAUCCUGCUCCAGAGGCUAGACCUGGUGCACAACAUGAAAUCCUACCUUUUCCCCAAAUGAGCGCCCUGCCUUCCCUCGCAGACCGAAAGACCGUCCCACCAGUGCCAUGGCUCUACCCCAAGGGACAUCCAUCUCCGGCCGAGAAGUUCCCAGAAGACUCCCCUCCGGACUCCUUGCUGCCCCUGGGCAAAGGGAAGGAUGGCAUGGCCUUCCCACGCUGCCGCCACUCGGAUGCUGGGUGCAGAUAUUUCCCCAUUGGGGCGGGAUAAUCCCAGUUCCCCCAGGGUGAAAAUGUCCCAUCCACGUCGAGCCACCUGCCCCAGGUUCCAGUGACGGUGAGCGCUAGCAGCCAAAGCCCCCUCUGGAUGGAGCUCUGGGACUUCAACUAUCAGAGUCUAGCCAGGUUCAAAUCCCUGCUCUGCCAAGGAAGGAAGCCAGAGGGAGGGAGGGAGGAAGAGAGGACUACAUCUUCCAGCAGCCCCCCGCCCACCAUCUCCUUCCUGCCACUGCUGGUCAGUCAGACGGGCUCCC